UGGAGUGAAGCGCCGUGCCGAAAUUCAUGGGUGAAUCGACCUGCGGGGAUACCUUUGGGACUUCCACUACCGACACACUGAGGAUACGAGCCUGGAGACCUCCAACGGGACUGCUGCUCUUUUUUUUAAUUUCCAUUCAUGGACUCUCCCGUGUGAGUAGCUGACAGACGCACUGUCCUACCUGAGCAACUAGCCGUAUCAUGACGGCUCACACUGCAUGGAAGGAGUGACCAGGAAAAGGAAGAAGUGUGAGAAAGAGAUUGGCCAAAUUUUUUCUUGUUUUUAGCUGAUGGGUGAGACGGAUGAUGAGCGUACGGCGCAGGCCGGCGUUCUCUUUGAGAACUUUGUCCAGGCGUCUACCUGCAAAGGGUCUCUGCAGGCCUUCAGCAUCCUCUGCAGGCAGCUGGACCUGGACCCUCUGGACUACAGCAACUUCUAUGGCUCACUGAAAGCGGCCAUCAGCAGCUGGAAGGUGAAGGCCCUGUGGACCAAACUGGACAAAAGAGCACAGCACAAGGUCUACAACCAGAAUAAAGCAUGCCAAGGCACCAGGUGCCUGGUCAUCGGUGGCGGCCCUUGCGGCCUGCGGGCGGCCAUCGAGCUGGCCCUGUUGGGCUGUAAGGUGGUGGUGAUUGAGAAGAGGGACACCUUCUCCAGGAACAACGUGCUCCACCUCUGGCCCUUCACCAUCCACGACCUGCGGGGCCUCGGAGCCAAGAAGUUCUACGGCAAGUUUUGCGCCGGCACCAUCGACCACAUCAGUAUCCGCCACCUCCAGCUGAUGCUACUGAAAGUGAGUCUGAUUCUGGGAGUGGAAGUCCACGUCAACGUGGAGUUUGUCAAACUGGCGGAGCCACCGGCAGACCAGACUGACAGCAGUCUUGGGUGGCGAGCGGAAGUCCGGCCCCCCGGGCAUCCCGUCGGCGACUUUGAUUUAGACGUGGUGAUCGGAGCGGACGGACGUAAAAACACACUGGACGGUUUCGGGCGCAAAGAGUUCCGAGGGAAGCUGGCCAUCGCCAUUACGGCUAACUUCGUCAACAGGAACACCACAGCUGAGGCCAAAGUGGAGGAGAUCAGUGGCGUGGCCUUCAUCUUCAACCAGAAGUUCUUUCUGGAACUCAAGGAGGAGACGGGUAUCGACUUGGAGAACAUAGUUUACUACAAAGACCACACCCACUACUUCGUCAUGACGGCAAAGAAGCUGAGUCUGCUGGACAAAGGCGUCAUCAUAAAUGACUAUAUAGAAACGGAGCGACUGCUGAGCCCCGGCAAUGUGAACCAAGAGGCCUUGCUCUCGUACGCUCGCGAGGCGGCUGACUUCGGCACCAACUACCAGCUGCCGUCCCUGGACUACGCCAUCAACCACUAUGGGCAGGCGGACGUGGCCAUGUUCGACUUUACCAGCAUGUACGCCUCGGAGAACGCCGCCUUGAUCCGGGAGAAACACGGACACCAGCUGCUGGUCUCGCUGGUGGGCGAUAGUCUGCUUGAGCCUUUCUGGCCCAUGGGUACAGGUUGUGCUCGGGGUUUUCUUGCAGCCUUCGACAGUGCUUGGAUGGUGAGGGGCUGGGUACAGGGCAGGAGCCCUCUGGAGAUACUGGCUGAGAGGGAGAGUGUGUACCGGCUGCUGCCUCAGACCACCACAGAGAACAUCAGCAAAAACUUUGAACAGUACGCCAUUGACCCCGCCACCCGCUACCCCAACCUCAACUCCAGCUGUGUUCGCCCACACCAGGUGCGUCACCUGUUCAUUGAUGGCCAACAGGACUUGUGUCGCCUGGAGAGAGGACACGCACGGAGAUCCGUCAACUUGUCCAGAACAGACUCGGAGGUGCGUCCCGGCCGGCUGCUGACCUGGUGUCAGAAGCAGACUCAGGGCUACAGAGGGGUGGACGUCGCCAACCUCACGUCCUCCUGGAGGAACGGCCUGGCCCUCUGCGCCCUCAUCCACCACCAGAGGCCCGAGCUCAUCGACUACGACUCUCUGAACGAGGAGGACGUGGCGGGGAACAACCAGCUGGCGUUUGACCUGGCCGAGCGGGAGUUUGGCAUCCAGCCGGUGACGAGGGGGAAGGAGAUGGCCGCCGAGGCCGAGCCGGACAAGCUGCUGAUGGUCCUCUACCUUUCCAAGUUCUUCGAGGCCUUCAGGAACUCCCCAGGAAACAAGAAUGGUUUGAGAGAACCCGAUGAGAACAGCGAGGGGCCUCCAGCUAAGACCCAACACAAACCGCUGAACCCGCCUCAGCCCAAGAAGAGGACACCCAGGGAUGACAUCACGCCGGAGGACGAUUCCAUCAACAAGAGGCAGCGAAAGGGCAACCACUAUCUCACAGAGUUGUCCUGUCACAGUGCGCUCCCUGCUGGCGAGGACGGGGAGCUGCGGGAGAACAAGGUGCGCUCCAUGGCAACGCAGCUGCUCGCCAAAUUUGAGGAGAACUCCUCAACUGGGAAGAUGCUCAGCAAGUCUGAUGAGGACCUAUACAAUCUCUCCUCUCCUCCUCUCUCUGGGGAGGAGGAGGAAGAGGAACCAGAAGAGAGGGACAACCCACGUUUUGCAAAGCCCAAGAACAUCCCCCCUCCUCCUCCUCUGCCUCCCCCAUGCCCCAAGUGGCAGCCCUCCGUCUACCUCCGGCUGCUAGAGAACCCCGGUGCUGUGGCUCAGCAGGCUGCUUUCCCCCACUCCCCCAACAAACCCUCUCGCCCUUCCGGUCGCUCUCCUUCCCCCAUGCGGCUUAAAAGUGUGUUAAGUCCCCCUCGCACACCGAACCCUAACUACCCAAAACGCACCUCUCCCGACCUGACGGCCGGCCGCGUCUCUGCUUCGGACAGUGAGCGUUCCUCCGAGAGCUUGAAGCAGCAGAGCAAAGCCCAGAAACUCUCCACUAAAGAAUACUCUGCUCGGAGUAUAAAAGAGCGAGCGGUCCUCCUCUCCUCCCUGUUUCCCGGGUCCAGCAGACCUCCUGCUCCUCUGCCUGAAUCUCAGGUGAGACUUUCUACCUCUCCACCACUUUCCUUGUCCCCAACUCCUCCUCCUGCCUUUCUAACCAAGAGCUCCAUCGUCCACCCGGUCCCUGACCCCACUGCCCAGGCCAGUUUCUCCUCUGUCCCCCUUUACACUGCUGGACACCAGGACAAGACACAGAAAGACCCCUCUGCUCCCUCUAUUGUUGAUCCCUCCACAUUCAACAGGACAACUGGCUUUGUCGAGAGCCAGGAGAACUCCUCUCCCGUCUCUGACAUUAAUUGUGAAAAUGAACACCGCGGGUCAUCUCCUCGUGCACUUUCUGUACCGCACAAGAAAAGCUAUGAGAGGGUCCAUGAGGGUUCUCUACAAAGGGGGCAGGAGAAGGUCCCCAAAAGCGCUCGGGAAAUGUUUGAGAAAAUAGUCAUCAACAAUCACAUGGAGUGCAAUGGGAGCUGCGCUCUUGAGAACCCUGGAAGAAUCACUCAAAAGUCGAUUGUCCGCUCUGAGAGUUGUCCGACUGGAGCUGCUAGUUAUAUUAAGGAGCGUACAGUCGGAAAGGUAUCAUCCGCCAUAGAUGCUAAGGCUCAGAAAUUAGCCGUCCUGUAUGAGACGGACCACAGGCCCAAUGCCACACCGAGUGUGGUACGUAAGGACUUCCCUCCGGGGCUCGGUGGCAGCGACAUCUGCCACUUCUGCACCAAGCGGGUGUACGUGAUGGAGAGACUGAGCGCCGAGGGCUACUUCUUCCACCGCGAAUGUUUCCGCUGUGAAGUCUGCAACGGCACCCUCCGUCUGGGAGGGCACAUCUUCGACUCUCAGGAGGCAAAGUUCUACUGCAAGAUGCAUUAUGCCCAGCGCCAGACCAGCACUCACACGGGGAAGUUCAGAAGGAGAAUGGAAGACCAACGGCGCGUCACGCCCUCGUCAGAGGACACCGGCGGCGUCCAGCUCCAACCCCCAGUCGCUGUGGUGUCCAGCUUGCAUUCGGUGCAGCUUGACAAAGGUCAGGGAGGAAUUCCAGAAGACACAGAGAUGGCUGUGGAAGCGCUGGAUGCCGCCUGUAUAGUCACGCCCACAACCCAGGAGCCAACAGGGUCCCCAGGCCAGAGCCUUUACGGUACCAAAGAUCACUGUAACACUAAGCAGAAUAACCGAUGGAGACAGAAGAUCAGAGCGACCUUCCCUCUGAUCUUCGUCAAGCACUUCCAGAGGAGCUGCCCUCAGGGCAAAGAGGGACCGGAGACCGUCCCUGAGGUGGAAUCCGACUUUGAGGAGGUCCCUUCAGUAGAAAAACAGACUAACUCCGACGUUAGGUCAGUGACGUCCGCAGGUACCCAGAAUCUCUCAGAGGAAGGUGAGAAGAGCGAAGAGCAGCCGGCGGAGGCGACUCAGUUGGGGGAAGCGACGCAGUCGGGGGAAGCGACGCAGCCGACGGAGGCGACGCAGUCGGGGGAGGCGACGCAGACGGCCCGCCACUCGUCCACCCCAAAGAAGCGCUUGACGCUAUCGUUCUCUGAGAAAGAGAAGCUCCUGAGCUGGGACACACUGGUCACAACGGAGGAAGCUCCAAUUAAACCCAACAACGCACAUCAACAACAAAUUCAGGUACAAGCAGAGGCAGCAGCAGAUAAGCUUCAGACAGACUUGGGCCAGAGCGUGGAACCGUCCCCAAGCCAAGCCACCGCCUCGCCCCCCUCAGCCCUCCAGCUCAUAGCGGACGCCUUCAGGAAGAGAUUUAGUGUGACCAACCCCUCCAGCAGGUCCAACACUGCAGCCCCAAUGUGUGACGAGCGUGGCGGCCGCAAACGGAGGCCCAUGUCAGAAGGAGCGUUGAGCUUUAGCUCCCACUUCAGCGCCGCUGGUCCAGAGCCACCCAGAGAUGAGAUGAGGGCCGGCAAGCCCAGAGCCCACUGGGCGUCUCUCAGGGCCAAUCCGUGGGGGACCGGGCGGGACCUGCCCUCUCUGUUGCAGCAGGUUUCUCUGAAGAGUCGCAGAGACUCCGGAGGGGUGUUCUCCGAUGACAUGGCCUCACUGCCCAGCAGGAGGGUCGACCUGUUCUCGUCCCUCAGGCUGAGGAAGAGGGACGAGUCGGAGGUUGAGGGGCAAGACAAGGAGGCGCAAAAAGAGAUCAGGACGAUACUCAGCAACCUCCGAAACAAAGCCUCCAGACAACAGCAUUUUGAAGAGCACACCUCUAGUGACGAUGCAAACCCGACGCCCAAUCAGAAGCUGUGUCCAGAGAGACGAAGGAGGAAGCAGGAGAAGACGGUGGCCCAGCAGGCCAAAAGAGAACAGCUGAAGAGGCUCCACAGAGCUCAGGCCAUCCAGAGACAACUGGAGGAGGUCGCAGAGAAACAGAGAGAUAUGGAGGAGAAAGGAGUGACCAUAGAGAAAAUCAUAAGAGGAGAAACAGAAACGUCUCAGGCGGACGACAGUGAUGAGGCCCAGCUCUACCAGUCCUGGUUUAGACUCGUCUUGGAGAAGAACAGAUUGGCACGCUACGAGUCAGAGCUCAUGAUCUUUGCCCAGGAGCUUGAACUGGAGGACACGCAGAGCCGACUGCAGCGAGAUCUACGACACAGGAUGGCUACAGAAGACACGAAGAAGAGCACCUCUGAGCUGCAGGAGGAAAAGGCGAUCCUGUCGGAGAUCAUGAAGACGGUGGAGAGACGCGACACCCUCGUGUCCGUACUGGAGGAGCAGCGGCUGGAGGAGAGGGCCGAGGACCGGGACCUGGAGAGCCUUGUGCUGUCCAGGGGCUACGAGUUCCACUGGGCCCCAGAGGAUGACGGCUGGGGGCGGGAGAAGCUGGAGAGUGAUGGAUGAACGCUGAGCGGUAAAAGGGUAGAGAAGUAACGCGGUAUGCUGAGCUCAGAGACUGAGGUAGAAUGGAAAAAAGAGCGGCUAGUGACAUCUCUCUUUGACAUCUCUCUUUGACCUCUGCCCUGUAACGUUUCUCGGCCUCAUAAACCAAACAGACUGUACAGCUUCACCGGAUAGCACUUGGAACGACUCAACACUUUCCCCGAAGGUUUUUGCACAGUGUGGUUUGUUUGAAACUUGUGUCGUGAAAUCCAUUAUUAUGUUUGUCACUUUGUAGCUAUGUGUGUGUUUUUAAUGUUAUAUUUUCCACUUUGUGCCGGAACACUUUCAAAUAAAAUGCAAUUGUACUUCCACCCAGACAUCAUUGGACACAGGAGAAUCUUAACUGCCACAUAUUUGUAGCCCGCUAGUAGGAUGCACCUCUGCGAGUAUCAUAAUUGUUCGUUUUCCAUAGAGCUUAUUUUCUACAAUAAUAAUGGUCUUUUUGUGGAGGGUUCAAGUGAGGUUUUUAACCCUGGAGUUAGCGGGGCUAAGGCGAACAUGUCUGCAUGAUGACAUUCUGUAGUUUUAUUUAGCCACUUUAUAGCAACCGCCCUUUUUUUUCGACACGUAACCACUUAAAACAUCACAAUGGUAUCAACUGAUGUAUCUAAUAUCAUAGAACAACUUUAAAUCGAUUAAGGUGACGUGGCCUUAUUUUCAAGUAUCUAACCAAAAACCCAUUGGCUUCGAGACAAGGUCACCAGAAGUGCAAUAAUGCUUACUAGUCAAGGCAAACCACUUAGGGGCGUGGCCAGAGAUGUGACAUGUAAAAGUGUUGACGCUCUUCAUUAUUGUGAAACUAACUACUGACAGUUAAACUGAGUGUUUAAACCCUAGUGUGUGGGCUGUGAGUCAAGAAUAAAUGUAUUUACAUGAAUAUUUUAACCCCAGGACAAAAGAUAAAUAAGUUAUAUUUUCAUGAUUAAAAACUGUAUGUUUGUAUACAUUU